UAGAAAAUUAUGAAAAUACAAAAGAAAGACAAACAGAUGUCCACCACCCAGAUAUUAAAGCACACUCCAGCUACAGCAGCCUCUACUGCCACCGACCAAAACGCACAAACUACAUUUCCCAGCAGCCCGCUCUCCUCGGAGGAACAGACCAGAGCCCCUGGAGGGCUGACCAAUCACUGCAUGGCCCACACCAAACAGUCCGGUCUUGGGGAGCCGGGCCCUGGAGCGGGAAGCCUCAGGCCCUGCCUUCCGUCCCCGCCCCUCAACGGCGAGGAGGACGACGGCGGGGGUGGCGCCCGGGUGAAGAAGAAACGAAAGAAAAAAGACAAGAAGGAGGCGGGCCUCUGGCAGAAAGCGGAGAAGGAGAUCAAACCAAAGAAAAAGAAGGAGCAGAGGGAAGGCAAGGAGCCGCCUCCUCGGAAGUCCAAGGAGCCCAAGAAGGCCAAGGAGCCCAAAAAGGCCAGGAAGCCCCGUGAGCCUAAGCCCAAGACCCCGCGCGACUGCAAGAGCGCCCCUUCCUCCCCUCCCAAACAGCGGGGGCGCAAAGCGAGAGAGCAAGGUCCCGUGCCUCCCGAGAAGAAGAAAAAGGGCAAGAGGAAAUGCGAGGCCCUGCAGGAGGCCGGGGAGAGCGACGAGUCGGCGUCUCUGUCCGCCCUGGCGGUGGGGAACGAGGAGAGCAUCGAUUCCCUGGACAGCACGAAGCGGCGGUCAGGGCGACAGGUGAAGCGCAGAAAGUACAACGAAGACCUGGACUUCAAGGUGGUGGACGAUGACGGGGAGACCAUCGCCGUGCUGGGCACUGGGCGGAUUCCGGCUUUCUCCUCCGCCACCUUGGCCUGGCAGUCGGAGGAGCCCCCUGAAGAUGAGGCCAACAUCAUUGAGAAAAUUCUGUCUGUUCGAACUGUUAAGAAAGAGACAUCUCCAGGAGAGCUGGAGGAGUCAGAGGAGUUCUAUGUCAAAUAUAGAAAUUUUUCCUACCUGCACUGCAAGUGGGCGACGCUGGAGGAGCUGGAGAAAGACCCCCGCAUCCACCAAAAAAUUAAGCGCUUCAGAAACAAGCAGGCACAGAUGAAGCACAUUUUCACUGAGCCGGACGAGGACCUCUUUAACCCCGACUACAUCGAGGUGGACCGAGUCCUGGAGGUGGCCCACACUACAGACACGGAGACGGGGGAGGAGGUGACACACUACCUGGUGAAGUGGUGCUCGCUGUCGUACGAGGAGAGCACCUGGGAGCUUCAGGAAGAUGUGGACCCAGGCAAAAUCCGAGAGUUUGAGGAUAUUAAAAAAAUCCCCGAGCUGAAGCACGUGGAGAGGCCCCUCCCGGAGCAGUGGAAGAAGCUGGAACACUCGCGGGACUACAGGAACGCCAACCAGCUGCGAGAGUACCAGCUGGAGGGCAUGAACUGGCUGCUGUUCAACUGGUACAACAGGAAGAACUGCAUCCUGGCGGAUGAGAUGGGCUUGGGGAAAACGAUCCAGUCCAUCACGUUCCUGUACGAGAUCUUUUCCAUGGGGAUCAAGGGCCCCUUCCUGAUCAUCGCCCCCCUCUCUACCAUCACCAACUGGGAACGUGAGUUCCGCACCUGGACGGAGAUAAAUGUCAUCGUCUACCACGGCAGCCAGAUCAGCCGGCAGAUGAUCCUGCAGUACGAAAUGUACCAUAAGGACGAACAGGGUAACCCGAUCUCUGGCAUGUUCAAGUUCCACGGGGUCAUCACCACCUUCGAGAUGAUCAUGGCCGACUGUCCCGAGCUGAAGAAGAUCCACUGGCGCUGCGUGGUCAUUGACGAGGCUCACCGCCUCAAGAACCGCAACUGCAAGCUGCUGGAAGGCCUGAAGCUGAUGAACCUGGAGCACAAGGUGCUGCUGACAGGCACUCCGCUGCAGAACUCUGUGGAGGAGCUUUUCAGCCUGCUGAACUUCCUGGAGCCGCUGCAGUUCCCCUCUGAGACCAGCUUCCUGGAGGAGUUCGGAGACCUGAAGACAGAGGAACAGGUGAAGAAGCUGCAGGCCAUCCUGAAGCCCAUGAUGCUCCGGCGUCUGAAGGACGACGUGGAGAAGAACCUGGCGCCCAAGGAGGAGACCAUCAUCGAGGUGGAGCUGACCAACAUCCAGAAGAAGUACUACCGCGCCAUCCUGGAGAAGAACUUCACCUUCCUGGCCAAGGGCGCCAACCAGCACAACAUGCCCAACCUCAUCAACACCAUGAUGGAGCUGCGGAAGUGCUGCAACCACCCGUACCUGAUCACAGGUGCCGAGGAGAAGAUCCUGGAGAGCUUCAGGAAGACGCACAGCCCCGACGCCUGGGACUUCCAGCUGCAGGCCAUGAUCCAGGCGGCCGGGAAGCUGGUCCUCAUCGACAAGCUGCUGCCCAAGCUGAUCGCCGGGGGCCACAAGGUGCUGAUCUUCUCCCAGAUGGUGCGCUGCCUGGACAUCCUGGAGGACUACCUCAUCCAGAGGAGGUACACGUACGAACGCAUCGACGGGCGAGUGCGUGGGAAUCUCCGUCAGGCCGCCAUCGACCGCUUCUGCAAGGCGGACUCGGACCGCUUCGUCUUUCUCCUCUGCACGCGCGCCGGAGGCCUGGGGAUAAACCUGACCGCCGCCGACACCUGCAUCAUCUUCGACUCUGACUGGAACCCCCAAAACGACCUGCAGGCCCAGGCUCGCUGUCACCGGAUUGGCCAGAGCAAGGCGGUGAAAGUGUAUCGUCUCAUAACGCGGAACUCCUAUGAGAGGGAGAUGUUCGACAAGGCCAGCCUGAAACUGGGGCUGGACAAGGCCGUGCUGCAGGACAUCAACCGCAAGGGCAGCCUCAAUGGAGUGCAGCAGCUGUCCAAGAUGGAGGUGGAGGACCUCUUGCGUAAAGGGGCGUAUGGAGCACUGAUGGACGAGGAGGACGAGGGCUCCAAGUUCUGCGAGGAAGACAUCGAUCAGAUCCUGCAGCGCCGCACGCAGACCAUCACCAUCCAGUCUGAGGGAAAGGGCUCCACCUUUGCCAAGGCCAGCUUCGUGUCGUCUGGGAAUAGAACUGACAUCUCUCUGGAUGACCCCAACUUCUGGCAGAAAUGGGCCAAAAUAGCAGAGCUGGAGAUCGACUCCAAGGCAGAGAAGGAGAGCCUGGUGAUUGACACCCCGCGGGUGAGGAAGCAGACGCGGCACUACAACUCCUUCGAGGACGACGAGCUGAUGGAGUUCUCCGAGCUGGACAGCGACUCGGAGGAGCGACCCUGCCGCACCCGCCGCCUCAGCGACCGGAACCGCCGCUACCUGCGCGCCGAGUGCUUCCGGGUCGAGAAGAACUUGCUCAUAUUCGGCUGGGGCCGCUGGAAGGACAUCCUCACCCACGGCCGCUUCAAGUGGCACCUGGCGGAGCGGGACAUGGAGCUGCUGUGCCGGGCGCUGCUGGUCUACUGCGUGCGCCACUACAAGGGCGACGACAAGAUCAAGAGCUUCAUCUGGGAUCUGAUCACGCCCACCAAGGACGGGCACAACGAGGCCCUGCAGAACCACUCAGGCCUCUCUGCCCCCGUGCCCCGAGGGCGCAAGGGCAAGAAGCUGAAGAACCAGCUGUGCCAGCCGGAGCUGAAGAACGCCGACUGGCUGGUCCACUGCAACCCCGAAGUGGUCCUGCAAGACGACAGCUACAAGAAGCACCUCAAACAGCAUUGCAACAAGGUCCUGCUGAGGGUGCGAAUGCUGUACUACCUGAAAGUGGAGGUCCUGGGAGAGGCGGCCGCGCAGGCCCUGGAGGGCAUCCCUGCCAGCAAAUUGGAGGUGCCCCUGCCGGAUAUUGACUACCUGGAGAUCCCAGUGGUGUGGUGGGAUGCAGAAGCAGACAAGUCUCUCCUGAUAGGCGUCCAUAAACACGGUUAUGAGCGAUACAACGCCAUGCGGGCAGACCCGGACCUCUGCUUCCUGGAGCGGGUGGGCAUGCCGGACGUCACGGCGCUGUCUGCUGAGCAAGGUGUCGGGGACGUGGUGGCUGACAUCACUGAAAGCUCUUGCAAAAGUGACGAGGUGAAAGACGAGACGGAGAGCAAGCCAGACGUGGGAGGGGAGAAGGAGCAGCCAGAGGAGGAGACGGCGUCCUGUAACGAAACGGCAGACAAAAAUGACAGCGCUGUUGCAGUGGUCAGCACCCAGGAGGGUGGGGAGCAGGGGCGGGCCUUGUGGCCGGCAGGCUCCGCCCUCACCGCCCGGCUGCGCCGCCUCAUCACGGCGUACCAGCGCUUCACCCGCCGGGAGCCCACGCGCCCUGACUUCCUGAUGCCCGAGGGGGUGGGCGUGGGGGUCGGGGUGGGGCCAAUGCCGUGGCAGCUGGGGGAGGAGCUUCGGCGGCGCACCAUCGAGCCGGACCCGCUCUUCCUGGAGUGGCAGAGGAGGUGGACGCGGCGCGAGCAGGCCGAUUUCUACCGCACCGUGUCCUCCUUCGGCGUGGUGUACGACCCGGAGAAGAAGGCCUUCGACUGGACGCAGUUCCGCUCCUUCGCCCGGCUGGAGAGGAAGACGGACGAGAGCCUGGAGAGAUACUUCCGCAGCUUCGUGUCCAUGUGCCGCACCGCCUGCAGGCUGCCGCUGCGCAAGGACGAAGGGCCUCUGGACCACUCCCUGUUCGUGGAGCCCAUCACGGAGGAGCGGGCGGCCCGGACGCUGUACCGCAUCGAGCUGCUGCGGAAGGUCCGGGAGCAGGUUCUGCGGCACCCCCUGCUGGGCCCGCGUCUGCAGCUCUGCCGGCCCAGCCUGUACCUGCCGGUGUGGUGGGAGUGCGGCAAGCACGACCGCGACCUGCUGAUCGGCGCCGCCAGGCACGGCCUGAGCCGCACCGACUACUACAUCCUCAACGACCCGCAGCUGUCCUUCCUGGAGGCGCACCGCAACUACGUGCAAAAGGAGAACCGCGGCGGCUACCCCGCGACGGGUGGCGCGCCCCCACACCACCACCACCACCACUGCUGCCUGUACGAGGCCGGGCUCAGCCACUGCCACUCCCCGCAGCCCCCGGAGUUCCACCCCGCCCCCGCUCCGCACCACGCCCACCCCCACAUCCACGCCCCCCACGUGCACCCCGCCCCCGAGGCGGUCGGGGGCGCAGACGCGGCGGGCGCCAUGGGCAUGGGCCCCGGCGCCAGGGAGGGCUACCUGGACUGCUCCUCGCUGGACGAGUCCCUGGAGCUGAGCUCGCUCCAGCACGACGGGCUGGCCACCGACUCGCUGCACGGCAAGCCCAGCAAGGAGGCCUUCAACGGCUUCCCCUUCAACUCGGCGUCGGGCGGCCAGAGCAUGCUCAACUCGUACGGCGUGCAGGGCGAGCUGAACGGCGGCCAGGGCGACAUGGACUCCAUCCCGGGAAAGCUGCGCAGCGACGUGCUGGUGGGGGAGCAGUACCCCUGCGAGGAGACGGGGCUCAUGACCCCCUCCGUGGAGCUGGACGAGCUCCAGGCUCCCUGGGAGAGCGCCGACCACUCCGGCGCCGCCGACAUGUUCAACGAGCCGGACGCCAUCCUUGGGCCUCCCACCCUGGAGACGGAGUUCCUGGACUCGGGGCAGCCCGGGGACGGCAGGGUGGACGGGCCGCUGACCGACUGCCUGAGCAUGGCAGGCUCCGACCCGCAGGGCGGUGCCGUGGAGCCGCUGCAGUCCAGCUUCAUGCUCUUCAAGGACAUCGCCGUGGCCGGGCCUGCCGUGGAGCAGGCCGACCUGUCCGUCAGCCCGCCCCAGUUCGCGCCGCCGCCCCUCUCCCUGUCCGACAUGGGCCUCCACCACCAGGGGCCCGCCGAUGAGCCUGAGGAGAAGCUCAGCGAUUCGGAUGUCACCCACAGUGUGCCCAGCCCCGGGGACGGCACUGAGAGCGUCACCUUCGAGUUCGACAAGGAGGAGCUGUCCCGGGACAGCCAGAGCCUGAUAGGACCCCCGGAGCAGGGGCCCGAAGCCUCGGAAGACCCCUGUGAGGAGCCUGUCAAGAAGCCUUGUGAGGGGCCCCACCAGGAGCCCUCCGAGGGCCCGGGUGACGUGUCCUGCAAGGGGCCCUGUGAAGACUCCUGCCAGGGAACCUGUGAGGACUCCUGUGAAGGGCCUUGUGAAGAGUCUUGCGAGGCUCCCUGCGAGGGGCCCGGUGAGGAGUCCUGCGAGGGGCCUUCUGAGGGCCCUGGUGAGGAGUCCUGCGAGGGACCCUCAGAGGCUGGGGACGAGAGCACCCUGAGCGGACACACCUUCCCAGCUGUUAAGCCCGCGUCCCCCUCCCUCCCCAUGUCCCCCUCCCUCCCCAUCCCUCAGGCCGACACCCCGGUGUCCCCGGGGCCCGAGGAGGUGACGCAGUUUAAACAGGAGUUCCCGCUGGAUCCGCUGAGCUCCGAGUGCAAGCCCGAACCCCUGGAGCCCGACAGCACCAUGAUGACUCCCAGGCUGGAGCAGACAGGGAUGCUGGAGGUGAAGGACGAGAUCAAGGAGGAGAGACCCAAAACACCAGCCCUGCUGGUGGAGAGUUAUGUGGAGGAGCCCAGGUUCGCCGCCCCGCUGUCGGUGUGCGACAUGCCGGAGAGCCUGUCAGAGGUGCGGGAGCCCACCAUCGCCCAGCUCCUGCAGGAGAAGGCCCUGUACUCCUUCUCUGAGUGGCCGAAGGACCGGGUGAUAAUAAACCGCAUUGACAGUAUCUGUCACGCCAUCUUGAAGGGAAAGUGGCCUUCCUCUAGCCAGCAGUAUGAUUCACCCAGCUCCCUGGCCAACACGUGCAUACCAAACAGCGCCCCCCAGAGGGCUGGGUAUAUCCCUGCAAGGGUGCAGCAAGCACAGAGCCUUAACUUCAACAUCUCAGCUCCUGUCUCUCACCUCCCCAAGGAGAGCCUGGUGAGUGUGCCUUUCCUGGCGGAGCUGAAGCGGGGCCGGCGGGCGUUUGAGUACGAGGGGGAGGUCCCGGGCAAGCCGUGCCACGCGGGGGAGAAGAUCCCGGUGGGCAUGCAGCCUAGGGGAGGGACGCUGAUGCUGAAUGGCUGGCAGGAGGCGGCCAUGGACCUAUCCAAGCCCGGGGAUCUGGGGAUGGGGGCGGAGCCGGGGGCCGUGGGGCACAUGGCCCACCCGGGCCACCCGGCCCCGCACAAAAUGCCCCCGCUGAGCUCCAUGCAGGGCUCCCUGGGGCUGGACAUGGCGGGGAUCCUGCAGGCCGGCCUCAUCCACCCCGUCACGGGCCAGAUCGUCAACGGCAACCUGCGGCGCGACGACGCCGUCAUGCGCCGGAGGAGAGGCCGGCGGAGAAAUGUGGAGGGCCCCGAGAUGGGCUUCCCCAAGAACAGAGUGCUGCACGUCCCGGAGCAGCAGAGCAGGCCCGAGAGUGUCAGCCAGCCGGCGGUGUCGUCCACCACCGCCCCGCCCGAGCACCCCCCUAUUCCCCCGCCGCCCGAAGGCCUGGCCCUGGACAGAGAAGCUGCUAACAAGGGACUGAUGGAGUGGCUGAGGCAAAACCCCAACUACACCAUGGAGGUGCCGGCCUUUGCCCCCUCCCAGGGUGUGGGGAUUCUUCACAGCUUCGUGGAGAGGCCCAAGCAGAGGCGGCACCGCUGCAAGGACCCCAGCAAGCUGGACGUCAACACGCUGACCGGAGAGGAGCGGGUACCGGUGGUCCACAGAGCCACAGGCCGCAGGCUGGGGGGUGCUAUGGCACCGGCUAUAAAGGAGCUGUCCCGAUGGCUGGAUGCUAACACGGAUUACUGUGUGGCCCCUGACUGGGCAGACAUCGUGAAGCACUCUGGGUUUCUGCCGGAGGGGAAGUUCACCCGCAUCCUGACGGAGCCCGUGUGCCGAGACGCCGGGCCACGCCGGAGGGGGCGGCGGCCCCGCAGCGAGAUGGCGAAGGCGGGGGCCAUGCUGUCGGAGUCGCCCUCGGGCAUGGGUCCGCUCUUCAUGAACGGCCUGAUCAGCAGCAUGGACCUGGUCAGCCUGCAGAACCUGAGGAACGUUCCGGGGAUCCCCCUCACCGGCCUGAUGGGCUUCCCCCACGGCUUCGCCGCCGUCCCUGCUGGGGGCGAGGACGCCAAGAACGGCCUGAGCAUGCUUCCCAUGAUGCUCCACGGCAUGACGGCCGUGCAGCCCCACAUGUUCAGCGUGGGCGGGCUCAUGAGCCAGCCGUCCACCACGGCCGCCCCCACCUCCACCCCCUCCACCCCCUCCACCGCUGCGCCCGUCGCCACCACCGCCGUGUCCUCGUCAUCCACGGCCGCCAGCCCGCCUGGCAGCAGGCCCGACCCGGCCGCUGUCUGUGCCUCGGGGGAGUGCAAGGGGGCGGAAGCGCCGGCCGGUGCGGAGAACAGGAAAGACGAUAAGCCCCCCCCGGCGGAGGGGAAGCCCGGCCCAGUCUGCAGCCACGGGGAGCCGUCUGCUACGACCAGCAGCAGCAGCAGCAACGGCGGCAGUCACCUGGCCUUCAACCCUUUCCUGAUCCCGGGAAUGUCCCAUGGACUGCUGUACCCGCACAUGUUCCUCCCGCACGGCGGCAUCAUGGCGCUCCCCGGCAUGCCUCCCGCGGACAGCACCGGCAGCCCCAAGAGGAAGAAGAAAAAGGUGCGGGAGGAGGGGGCGCCGGAAGCCGGCCGCCCGCAGAUGGACCCCGUGCCUCCCAAACCGGACGGUGCCGGUCAGACUGAGGCCAGGGGGAGCGCGGGGGCGGAGGCUGGACCGGAGGCCGAGGGAGAGAUGAGGGGCGAGAUCGAGGACAGCACAGAUCAGGGCCCCCACCAGCCUCCGAGUGCGACGGCGCAGAAGGGUACUGAGGAGGACGACGCGGCGGAAGAGAAGGGAGAAGUGGGUGAAAAACUGGCGGAGGACAAGGACGAGGGAGCAGGGAAGGAAGUAGAGUUGCAAUAGACCUCCUCUGCCCUGCUCUUUGUACUGUGCAACAGAAUUACCAGUUUGUGAUGUGUAAGUCGAUGAUGUUCAUGUAAAGACUUUUAUUAUCCACUUAUUAAUGUUUAUAGAUCUCCUGCCCAGUACCAAACUUGUGAUCAUUAUUAUUAUGACCCCCUUCCCCCUCCUCCGAAGACUAGAAAGAGACACAUAUGCAUGUGAACGCACACAGCACUCAACAGAGCAGUGGAGCUACACGGCAGCCGGGUUCCCUCUGCUGCAUCAUGGGACUGGUGCCAGGGAAGGCCCCGGCACAGCUCGACCGGGCCGUACAGAAUGGAGCGUGAGCCUUUUGUCAGAACAGGGGGGGGGUUUGAAAGCCUUGGGCCACACCACCCGUGUUCCUGACUACACUACACGUGCGGAUGGCACCAAUGGGCUCUGCCAGCUCUGUACCACAGGGCUGGUGUGGCUGCACAUUUAACAGUCACCGCCGUUUACCUUCGAUGGUGUUAAACAGGGUUACGGAAUUCCAGAUCCCAGAUCUUAAAACGCGGUUUAAAGGAACUCUCUCUCCGUAGAAACUCUCUUAAAAGUUUCUGUAGAAGCAAAUAAGGAAGCGAGCACCCCCCAGAAAGGUUAACUGCAUAACUGCUGCUAAGAAGUUGUCUCUUAGGGCAGCUUUGCUCAUCCAUUGUUGGUAUGUCAUUGUGCUGCUACAUAGGCUUUUUUAAAGGAUAAUUCUAGAGGAGUGAAAUUAUAUAUAUAUAUGAAUGGAAAUAAUGGAAUAACAAAUAAUGGAUCUCUUCAAACGCAUUAUGUUGUAUACCAUAAACACCAGGUUUGUCUUCAAGGAAUACAAAAUUGAUCACUGAAACAAGAGAAAUCCUAGGUUCACUUUUGAUUAUGUAUUUUUUUUUGUAUGCAUUUGAAACUUGCAGUUUCACUUUCAAAGACGCCUGUUUCAUCGGAAGUCUUAGGGUGACCAGUCGUGCUCUCCCGAUAGCCUAUAACCAGGGUCCAGCCUGUGCUUCUGCCAGGGCAGGAUCGGUGAUCGAGUGCCAUAGAGGAACAUGCGUACAGGGUGUCUAAGCUAGUGUUGUAGCAGUGCAAGA